GACAAAUUGACUGAAACCAGGGCAAAAGCAGCAGAGCUUUCCAUACGUUGCUCAAAAAUGGAAGAGUCGAGUUCAUCGCUGUCGAGGCCACAGUUCGGCAUCCGUGUCAAAAAGUUGCAGCGCACCACUGGAGUUGCAAGGGAUUUAGCCUUGAAAUGUCGCAUCGCACAAGCUCGUAGAGAUCUCUUGGGGCGACUGGCAAGGCAGUUAACUAGUGAUGCUUUCUUGCAGGGUGCCUCUGCAGUGUUGGCCAUUGUUUUUGACGUGAACAGAGAAGUCAGAGAAGUGAAGGAGUGGAAUGAGGUUCUUAGCAGGUCUGUCCGAGAAGCUAUGCAGAAAAAGGUUCCGGAAGUCUCAAACUGCUGCGUUUCCUGGGACAUCGACAAUGAUCAGCUGAUUCUUUACAUUCUGAACCCGUCUUCAAACUUUGAAUCUGAAUUUGCAAUACACAGUGACGGCACCUGUCAGCUUGCGCCAGUGGUUGAGGCCGCUAUCAGGGCUGAGCUUGGCAAUUCAGAGCUGACUCUGGGGGUUUCGCCAAAAGCAUCAAGGCGAUUCAAUGCAGCACAGAUUGAUACCCCUUUGGACCUUCUGAGUUUGGGUAUUCACUUUCACGGCCUACAAGGGAGCGCUUUGACAAUUGAUUGGGUGGAGCCUGCGAGAUGGGCAGAUGUUUUUGGUUUGAAGAUGGAUGAUGUGAUCAUUUUUGCGAACCAGCGUUCAACUGCAGAAAUGACACUGUCCCAGAUACCCCUCCAUGCUGAGGGCGGUGGCCUCAAAUUAUGCGUGUCAAGGGCAGUGUGACAAAUGUCGGAACGCGAAAAGAAGAAACAGAAACAGCCAUACAACAAGAUUUGCAGUGACGCUCUCACAAUUCACGCGUUCUAUAUGAUCUCAGGGACGAAAAUCCAUGAAAAUCCCUAUUUGCGAGGGGCCACUUGAGGAGGAGGAAGUGUGAAGUGAAGAUGCUUGGUCUGAAAAUCUGUGCGAACACUCGAGAAUCAUUGACGUACAGAGUGGCAUCCCAAGUACUUUGAUUUGCUAGUUUCAACCUGGCCUUACUAUGGCUACCACGGCCUGCAAGUAGAGCAUGCACCUCCAAGAUCUUCCAAGAUAAAUGAACGAAAGGAUGAAAUGAAGCUUUUGCCGGGUGGACUGAAGGUGCGAUGGGCGAAGCUAAUGUACAGUAUAUACUAGUAGCCAUAUAGCAGGAAGACUACGGUUCGAAUCGGUUCGAUCCGGUUUCAAUUUCAAAAUAUGAACCUGUUCCGGUUCGAUUAUCAAUAUAGAAUAUAUAGAAACCCCAUCCAGUUCCCGGUUCCUGCCGGUUCAAGCUUGGCGAUGAUUAUGAUCUUCAUUGGGAACAUGGCCUCUCAUCACUAGGAGCUCUCAUGGACUCAUUUUUGAAGAUCAGAAUUAAUUCUUUAACAUUCAUAAUCAUUAAAUUUAAUUCCAAAUAAUUUCAAUUACAUUCAUUGUCUGAGAGGUUGGCAUGUGGGCCAGUCCAAUUGCAGCAUUUUGCUCAGAGACAGAAGAAAGUGGCAAGCACUUG